AAAAAAACUUCGAGUUAGAAGUUUGGCUCGGGGUUUUUGGCUUUCGGUAUUCGUCGAAUCCGAGCUCGCCUUGUUUUUUUUUCCCUCCCCAACUCACCCUACAGUUUCGAUAGAGGUGAUUGUUCGUCGAUAAAGGGAAAACUAAAGCGAAAAGGGCAAUGGGGAAAGAUGUAUCGAGAAAAACGAGUUCGUGGCCUAGAUACAACUGGAUUCCUAUCGCGUUACAGUUGCUAUCCGCUGCGGUUGUCUUGGUCUGCCUUGGUUGGUAUGGCCUGAGUGAUAGAUCCGGAUUACCUGUGGACUUCAUGUGUUGGUUGCCUGGCGUCGCAGCAGGAUUCACAUUAUUAUACGCAGUCCUCGGUCUCUCCGCGAGUAACCUGAACGUAUACGAGGUCUUUAUUGGCGAUGCGAUAUCGCUCGGUUUUUGGAUCGCAGUAAUCUGCAAGAUGACUCUACUCAUCGCGGAAACGGGCACUUUUGGCAACUGUGCCGCCCUCCCUGAAGGAUCCAGGAGGAAUUCUUGCGCAACUUCACAGAUAGUGCUAGUACUUGCCGCUGACUUGAGUGCCUUGUCUCUGACAAAACUCGUCAUCGCAUUCUUCGUGCGCCGAAGAGGACCUGCUGUGUCGCCGGACCUCGAUGAUUGCGAAAAACUCUAUAACCCAUCCGAAUGAGUUUCCGGAUCGACCCCCUGUCUAAGCAUGGGAAACAACAUCUAGAUCUCCCGCGGGUAGUCACAUACUGUAUUAGCGGGAAGUCUAAGUCCGGUGGGAACUGUCACACUGUAGGACAGUGCUGGAAAACUUUUUUUAAUCGUAAUAUGGGCAACGACGGUGGAAGCGGAUCUGCCAUCGAUAUCUAUCGCGGGGCGGAGCUUGUGUGUAAUCGGAAGCAUCCUCUUCGCCUCUUUAAUAUAUUUUUUCUUUUUCUUCUUUUUUCCCCUUCUUGUUUUGUAAAUAAACUACCUUUCUUUUUACAAAUUUGCUUUCCACAUGCUUAGAAAGGUUUUACUUUU